GUGCCCUUUCAGCAGCACGAUCACACUUGAAGACUAAAUUGGAGAGCGCACUGAAACCUGCUCCAGUCUGUUACAGCUUGCACCCAAAGAACUCUGCGUGAAUCAUCAUGGACGAGGAGUUCGAUUUCGAGCGUCGCAGAGAGAUACGGAGACAGAAGCGAGAAGAAAUGCAGCGGGAGGCAGAGAAGAUGAACUCGCAUGAUGAUGAUGAGGAAGUGGCCCGGGAGCGUCGGAGACGAGCCCGUCAGGAACGCCUGCGCAAUAUGGAGAAUGAGGAAUUGAGUAACACAACAACAGAAACAAACAGUACAGAGACGUCCUCAUUGAUCUCUAGUUCUGCUCCAGCUGAGGAUGAUGAUCAGACUCUCUUGGAGAAGAUCGCCAAGAGAGAGGAGCGGAGACAGAAAAGGAUGAAGGAAGCUUUGGAGAGACAGAAGGAACUUGAUCCCACCAUCACGGAUGAAACGGUCACAACCGCCACAGAGGACGAGCCAAGUCGUAGAAACGACAAAUUAGAGUCCUCCCUAAAUGACAUUUCCUCAGUGGAAACCAAUUCUUGGAAGGAAAAGGAAGAGAUAAAAGAGGAGGAAAAGAUAGAGGAAAGCAACGUGGAGGUUGAGGAGACAAUCGCGGUAAAGGAGGAUUCGAUGUCAUUUACAGCAGCAGAUGAACCUAAAGAAUCAUCAGAGAGGAUAGACAAACCAGAAGAGGAAGACAGACCACAGAGGUCCUACCUCAGAGAACAGGAAUCCAUGGAGGAGAAACCCAAAGAACCAGCGGUGCCAAAUGAGGAAGAAUCUGUUAGUGAAAAUAUAGAGACUAAAGAACAAACAAAUGUAGAUUUAGCAAGUCCAGAUUUAGAAAAGAAAAAUGUAGAAUCUGAAAGUCCGAUAUCAAGAAAAGAACCAGCAAAAGAGGACAAAAUAGUGGUGGAAGUCAUAGUGGAGCCAGAUACACCAGAGAUUGAGAAAGAAAAGCAGGUAACGAAAGAAGAACAUGUUGAGGAACCUGACGAACAUUCAAAGGAACCUGAAGAAGAAAAACUUGUGGAGUUGAAGGUUCAAAUUCAAGAUAAAGCUCCAGAGAAGGAGGCGGCUGAGAAACCUAUGAAAGAGCAAGAGAAACCCCCUGUAUCUGUUGAAGAAACACCAAAAAAAUCAUUCAGGGAAGUUGAAGUGAAGGCCAAAACCCCAAAGAAAGAAGAGGAGAAACCACAACUGAAGAUGGAGCUUGAAGAAAAACCAUCAACACCAAAGAAGAAGGUUGAGGAGAAACCUGUGACUCCAAAGAAAGAGGUUCAGGAAAAGCCAAAAUGGAAGAAAGAGGCUGAAGAAACGAAGGCCAAACUUGAAGAAAAAGUCAAAUCAAAAAAGGAGGAGUUUAUGGAGGAAAAGCCAAAACCUUCCCAUUUGCGUGACAAACUAAAAGUGUCAACAAAGCCACAAGAUGUAGCUGAAAGCACCGCCAAAGCCAAGAAACCAGAGAAGACACUAAGUCCAACCAGCUUGCGUUCUCCUGAAACAGAGAAGCAGGAUCCCAUCGCCAAGCUGGAAGCAGAACGCAAGCUGCAGGAGCUGAAGCGCCGGCGGAACGAGACGGAAAGCGAGGCGCUGGAGAAGAUGAAGCAGAAGCAGCAAGUGGCCGAGGCUGAACUGGAAGAGCUGAAGAAGAAGAGGGAGGAGAGGAAGAAGAUUCUGGAGGAGGAGGAGAAGCAGAAGAAACAACAGCUGGCAGAAAAGAAAGCCAAAGAGGAGGAAGAGAGGAGGAAGAUGAAGGAAGAGAUUGAGCGAAGGCGAUCAGAGGCAGCCGAGAAAAAAAAACAGAAGGAGGAGUCGAAAGAAGGGAGCAAAGCACCCUUCAUCGCUCCAAAGAGCGCCUCUGCAAAAAUUGGUGAGAAAGCUGAAUUUCUUAACAAAUCUGCUUUAAAAAGUCCGGUGAAAACGUCACACACUCCAUUAGUUUGCAAGAUUGGAAACAGACUGGAGCAGUACACUUCUGCUGUUCAGACCAAAGAGUUGACCAGGUCACCCAAAUCUCCUGUGGACGUACCUGUGGCUGAAGGGCUGCGGAGCAUCAAGAGUAUGUGGGAGAAGGGGAAUGUGGUCAAUCCCACCCCAAAUCCUGCAAGCCCCCCAGCGGUCACCAAGGAAACAGCUGGUCUGAACAUCGGCGUGGCUGGGCGCAUUAACAGCUGGAAAACCAAGACUCCAGAGCCGAAGUCCACUGAACCGAAACCAGCCCCUGAACCAGAAAAACCCCCAGCCAAAACAGACCAGAAGCCAGCUGAUGUCACUAAACCACGUGGCCCAUGGGAAACAAAGGGCUCCACACCUUCCAAGGUGUUCGCAGCCAAAAGUAAAUUCGUCACAAAUGGAACAAGAAAAUAAGGACAUCCGAAUAACCCCAGAUCAGCCAAAAUGGAAGACGCUUGCAUAAUAUGUGCAUCAUUUCGCAACUUCAGAACACAGAUUUUACAACAAGUGGCAACCAAACACAGUACAAAACAUAAAUCAUACAAAAAUAUCUUCCAAUAAUGCAUAAUAAAGUAUUAGUAUUACUAACAAACAUUAACAAGAGACAUGUGCAUUUACGCUAAAACACUGUAGAGUUUGAUUGGACGCUGUGUUUAAGUGGAAAGUGUUUUCACCUCCGUUUUAAACAUUAAUAAGCUUAUUUAUUUUGCUAUACUAAUGCAUGCUUACGGUUAUUUUUUUUCCUGCUGUUCAUAAUGCUAUAAGAUGAAAACAAAUUUGAACAAAAAUCUCAAUCUCAACUAUAUAAACAUUUAACUAUAUAAACAGCUACCAGUAACCAUUAUAACUAAUAGAUGCAGUCACAUUAGUGACAAUUUUGUGAGUAAUUUUAAUAUUGAUUUUAAUUGGAAUAGUGAUAAAAAUAUAAUAAUAAAAAUACAACAGAAAAAUCUUUUGAACUUCUCAUCUUCCCUCUGGGGUUUCAGAUGGCCUGUUGAAUUGACACAUGAUUUAAUGCUUUGAAACAUGUUGUGGUUGAGAUGUUUGAUUGUGCUUUGCUGAUGCAGCUUUUGCCAGUAUGAUUUUUAUUCAAAUGCUUUGCACUUGGAGUCUCGAAGUCAUGUUAUGAACACUACAGAUCUGAUAAAUCCGCGGGGUCACAUUAGUCACAUUUUUAUAAAGGAAAUUAUAAUCAUGAAUUCAACAUGUAACAAAUAGUAAUAGGCGUACAUUCAAAAUGUAAAGUAACGUCACGUAAUGCGAAUUCGAAGGUCCGAGUUCCCCAAACUUGAACUUUGGAACGCAUCAAAAUGCAAAACUUGUCGCAUGAGCUUGCGUUUGAGGCCUGACAUAUACACACGCAUACCGUAUGAAUGGAAGUCAAUGGAACGAAAAGUGUAGUGUGACCCCCCCUUAAGACAGUAAUAAAAAUCAUACAAAGAUAGCAUUAUAAAGUAUUUGGGAAGUAAUAUAGCUAAACUAUAUAUACAUUUUUUAAAUAUUUCCUACUUGAACAGUUCAGUGAUGAAUGAUGAUCCCAACAACUGUACAAUUAUUGUAUUUUCAAGCAAUCCUACACAGUAAAGUAACGAUACAUGCACA